CUCGGCUCGGGCUCGGCGGGCGGAAGCGGCGCGGCGGGAGCCGAGGCGGAGGCUCCGGACGCGGCUCGGGAAGCGGACGCCGGAGGGAGUGCCCGCGCCCCGCGCCCCGCGCGCUCAGCCCCAGGCGCCACAGCUCCCGUCUUAGUGAGUGGAAGGAGGGCCUUGACUGUUGUCUACCUCCCACCCAGGGGUCUCCAGGAGCUGGGGAAAGGCCUAGUCAUGGCGGAGUACGGGACCCUCCUGCAGGACCUGACCAACAACAUCACCCUGGAGGACCUGGAGCAGCUCAAGUCGGCCUGCAAGGAGGACAUCCCCAGUGAGAAGAGUGAGGAGAUCACCUCGGGCAGUGCCUGGCUCAGCUUCCUGGAGAGCCACAACAAGCUGGACAAAGACAACCUCUCCUACAUUGAGCACAUCUUUGAGAUCUCUCGCCGUCCUGACCUGCUCACUAUGGUGGUUGACUAUAGAACCCGUGUUCUGAAGAUCUCUGAGGAGGAUGAGCUGGACACCAAGCUAACCCGUAUCCCCAGUGCCAAGAAGUACAAAGACAUUAUCCGGCAGCCCUCUGAGGAAGAGAUCAUCAAAUUGGCUCCUCCACCGAAGAAAGCCUGAGCAAGGGGGAGGAAGAGGAGGAAGGUUGGACCUUCAUAGGACCACUCCCUUCCCCCAGCCUCCAGGGGAGGGGGCAAAGGCACCUCCCACCCCCACAAACCUACCCACUUACUAACCUGGUCCUAACCCCCUUACUGUGCGUGUGUGUGUGUGUGUGCACACGCUCUGGCUGUCUGUCUACAUGUCUAGCUCAUCUAGCUCCUCUUCCUUGUGAGGGGCUGGGGGUCAGAGGCUGGGGUGGGGGGUGAGUUUUCCCACUCUAGGGAAACUAUGCGUACAGAAAUGGGCACAUUCCUCCUAUCUCCCUUUCUCCACUUUCCCACCACCUCUCUGAAGUGUAAGAGCAAAAGGGACCUGCAUGUUCCUACAUUGAGGAGCCAAAGUGACACAGGAGAGGCAGGUGGGAGGGAAGGUGAAGAGGCUACCCAACCCCACCUGGGAGGGCAGAGAAAAGCCAGAGCUCAGUUUGGUGUCUGACCCAUGCUGGACUGGCUGUGGAGUCCAGUUUCCAGCUAUUCCUCAGGUUGAAGGGCCUAGGUACCAGCUGGUCCCUUUGUGCUCCCCUCGGAUGGGUAUGAGCCAGGAUCUAAUGACAGGACCAUGGAUCCUUUCCUAGCCCCAAAGCUCUAACCCAACCGAGCACCCAGCAUUAGGCGCCCCCACCCAUCUGCUCUGGAGAGACUGUGCUGGGAGAAUGCCCCACUGAGCCCGAGACGGGGCUGAGGGGCUCCGUUCCCCCUCCUUUAUUCCUACUCAGACUGUUGCACAUGCUGACCCCAAGCCUCGGGAGGUUGGGGAAUGAGAUCCUUACGUUUUAACUCCAAUUCUGCCCCCACCUACAGAGUCCCAGGUGGUUAUGUAGGGAACUUCCCCUCCUUCCCUGGCCUAGAACACCCCAAGCCCGAAAUAAGGGAAGAAGUUAACUACAGUGUUUUCCUUUGCACUGACCCCCAAUUCAACCCAGGAAGGGACUUGGUAACCCCUCGCCCUCAUCCUGGCGCCUUGGGCUUGUGAACGCCUCCUAUCUAAAUCACUACAAGUACAGUGACCCCAGCCUCCUGCCUGCCCAAGAUGCCCCUACCCACCCUGACCGUGCUAACUGUGUGUACAUAUAUAUUCUACAUAUAUGUAUAUUAAACCCACACUGCCAUGUCUGCCCUUUCUUGUGGUGUCUAGCAUUAACUUAUUGUCUAGGCCAGAGCGGGGGUGGGAGGGGAAUGCCACAUGAAGGGAGUGGCAGAGUCAAAUUGCUGCACAGUCAGAACAAAACUUAUUUUUUAACUUUAAAUUCACAUGUAAUCUCAAGAGACUAUUUAGAGAAAGUUUAAGUUAGGAGCUUUUAAGAUGUGGGAGCAAAACUUGAAUGGGAGGGGUGGCUGCUGGAAGAGGGAAGAAACCAGACUGGUUGGAGAGCACCUUCCACUCCUAGCCCAGCCCAGCCUGCCUGUCCCCUCUGGCCACUGCUGCGGACACCUGCCUUAACACAUACACCUCGAGUACUCCAGUUUUGCCUUAAAGGACCUUCCCAAGUUCCCUGAGCCCUGUCUGGCUUCUUCCUGAAGGAGAGAGAAAGACUUGUAGAAUUGGGAAAGGGAAAUGAGCGUGAGUUAAUUGUCUUUCCAGUAAGGGUAUGUUAUAUGAGAGCAAGAGACCGAGAAUGAGGAUGAAUGAGAAUGAGUAGGAGCCUUCCUUUGAAGAGAGGAGAGGAUGAGAAGGGGAGAAGGAAGACAGGGUCAUUUUCAGCAGUCUAGUAAUUUCUCUAAGGCAAAAUAAUCUAAGACUAACCUGCCCCCCUCCCCCCUCCUCCCUCCCCAUUGCUGUGAGACUGCUCAUUCCUGUGCUCCUGUGUAGUGUGCACGGCCUUGUUCUAACCCUGGAAUAAAGGUGAUUGACUGUAA